CCUUCCGCCGCUGCUCAGGGCUGCUGGGCCGAGCCAGGCGCAGAUACAUCAGCCCCAGUGGGCACUGCUGGAGCAGUACUGCCGUGUGGUCACCACCGUCACCAACCUCUCAGCUGACAUGUGAUGGACGGUGGGAUGACUGAGAGAAUGUGUGUGAUGCUGCAAAGACACGUGACAGCAAGACUCAGUGUGUGUUUCCAGCACGCUCGGCGUGCCUAUUCAGCUCUGCGCCGAAGGACCACCGUGUGUGUCCAAGCUCGCCUGAAACCGUCCACUGCCACGGCAGCUGACGUGAGAGGUCCCUACUCCUACUGCAACACGACCCUGGACCAGAUCGGGACGUGCUGGCCCCGGAGCGCGGCGGGCGCGCUGGUGGAGAGGCCGUGUCCCGAGUACUUCAACGGCGUCAAGUACAACACGACCCGGAAUGCCUACCGGGAGUGCUUGGAGAAUGGGACGUGGGCUUCACGGAUCAACUACUCACAGUGUGAGCCCAUUUUGGACGAUAAGCAGAGGAAGUAUGACCUGCACUACCGCAUCGCCCUCGUUGUCAACUACCUGGGUCACUGCGUUUCAGUGGCUGCCCUUGUGGCCGCCUUCCUGCUUUUCCUGACCCUGCGGAGUAUCCGCUGUCUGCGGAACGUGAUUCACUGGAAUCUGAUCACCACCUUUAUCCUGCGAAAUGUCAUGUGGUUCCUGCUGCAGCUCAUCGACCAUGAAGUGCAUGAGAGCAAUGAGGUCUGGUGCCGCUGCGUCACGGCCAUCUUCAACUACUUCGUGGUGACCAACUUCUUCUGGAUGUUCGUAGAGGGCUGCUACCUGCACACGGCCAUUGUCAUGACGUACUCCACUGAGCGCCUGCGCAAGUGGCUCUUCCUCUUCAUCGGAUGGUGCAUCCCCUGCCCCAUCAUCAUUGCCUGGGCCAUUGGCAAACUGUACUAUGAAAAUGAACAGUGCUGGUUUGGCAAGGAGCCUGGCGACCUGGUGGACUACAUUUACCAAGGCCCCAUCAUCCUCGUGCUCCUGAUCAAUUUUGUAUUUCUCUUCAACAUCGUCAGGAUCCUAAUGACAAAAUUGCGAGCAUCCACCACCUCAGAGACAAUCCAGUACAGGAAGGCGGUAAAGGCCACCCUGGUCCUCCUGCCGCUCCUGGGCAUCACCUACAUGCUCUUCUUCGUCAACCCUGGGGAGGAUGACCUGUCGCAGAUCGUGUUCAUCUAUUUCAACUCCUUCCUACAGUCCUUCCAGGGUUUCUUUGUGUCUGUCUUCUACUGCUUCUUCAAUGGAGAGGUCCGCUCGGCCGUGAGGAAGAGGUGGCACCGCUGGCAGGACCAUCACUCCCUCCGAGUGCCCGUGGCCCGGGCCAUGUCCAUCCCCACGUCGCCCACACGGAUCAGCUUCCACAGCAUCAAGCAGACGGCCGUCAUGUGACCCCUCCGUCACCCUGCUCUCUCAUCGCUCCACCAUCAGGACAGCUUCCCGAUCGAUCGUCAUGGGGUGGGGGCGCCUUUCCCUGGGUUCACCUUGCCACCUAGCGGCUCAGGCCCUGGUGGGGGCGGAAGGGAGGGGAGCGAUCAGCUGGCCAGUCCUGCGGCUGGAAAGACGUGCGUGGCCGGCAGUGCAAGGGUCCCUCAGGAGCCAGGACCGGCUGGGCCCAGAGUGUCAGUGCAGAGGGAGCAGAGGGAUGUCACAGGGACCGCCCCCAACAGAAGAGCAGGUCACAGGUCUUCAGGCAUUUGCCCCACUGUAGGCCCAUCCGCCGAUGAGGAAACUGAGGCCCAGAGCCAGGAAACACCUGCCCAAGUCACAUAGCUGAUUCGAGGCAGAGCUGGGGCUCCCCUGCCCGACAAUUUGUGGGGACCUUCCCACCAACAGGGGUGACGAUUGGCCCUGCUCCCUGCUCAGGGCUGCCUCCUGCAGUUGUUGGGGCGCGGGUCACAGCAGCUGGAAGUAAAGGAGGAGUUUGGCUUCAUCCCAGGGGCUCUCAUCUACACCCCACCCUGGACCAGGCCAUCUCUCUGCCCCUCCCCAGCCAUCCACCUGUCCCUGGGGUCCUGGGAAGGAUGCUGCUUCCCAUCCCGGGAGACCUCGGCCUCCUCCACAGACUCGGGGCCUCGGGGAGGGGCACGUGUGGAGGAAGACACGGCUAGGCCAACCGUACGCUCUCAAACCAAGCAGCUACAUAAGUGCAAGGUGAGGUGAGGAGGAGAAGCAUGGUGGUUGGGGGCAAGGAGAAGGAAACCAGUUAGGUCUUUGGGGACUCCCAACUCCCACCCCAGACUGGGCUUCAUUUCGGCCUCCCCUUCAGAAACAUCUCUGCUCUCUGUGAAAUAAACCAUGCCUCUUUGGAAACAGCCUCCCCUCAGGUCAAGGCGACCAGGCAUUCGAGGGGCUGCGGUGGCCAAGGGUGGGCUGGAUCCGUUCUCCUUUGCAGAGCCCAUGGCCCUGGCCUAGGUCUGGUUCUCCUCUCUGACCCGUGUGUCUGCAGGCCCGUCCCUGAUUCCCCCAAGACAGUAUCUGCCCCUCCACCCCAGCCUAGAGGGCUCUAAUUCAGCAUAGAGGAGAGGAGAAGUGCAGCUCACCCAGCACGCCACAGCCCACCCCAAAGGCCAAUGCUCCGAAAUCCAGAGGCCGGUGUAGACAAGGCCCCAAGGUGUCUAGGACCGACAAGCAAGACAUUUCCAGGAGAGGGUGGGAGUAGAGGAGAGGCAGACUGCAUCAAGUCAGGGUUCAAAGGGCUUUUGCUGCAAGGAAUACCCUCAAAAUACUCCUUUUUAUAAUCAUGUAUCCCAUGUUGCAUAUUUUUCAGUUGACACCUAAUUUUUUUUUCUUUACAUUUUAAAAUUGGCGAGAGAGGUGAUUCCCGGCUCUUGGUAAAUAUUUACGUUUUAAAAUAAAACUGCCACAACACUUUAAAAUA